GAGGCCUCCAACAUUACCUCAAACUUGGCGAAUUUUGGACGAACAUUUACGCGCAAGAAACUACCCUUCCAUCAGUUAGCUGACUACUGGCAGAACAAUCUUGAACUGCCCACUGCUCAACCUGAGCUCGAACCCGCCGUUGAUGCAGAUGUGGACGCUUAUGCCACCCGACCUCCCACGGAUACCACUUGUCUCGAAGCAACAGCUUCGGCUGAGACGAAACCCCGGACACCGUCGCCUACGCUGGAUACUAAUCUCACUCAGGCGGUUUCAGUUGACAGUCUUGCGCCCAGCUGUACGGGAACCUACAUUCUUGACGUGAACGACACUCUAGCUGCCGAAGGCAUUCCACCAGUCGUCAUUGACCAGAAGGCUGAGGAGGCUGCCGGUUCGCAGGACUCUUUAGACAGGGUAACCGUGGACGACCCCGAGGAGGCAUGGAAGGAGGAGGGGGAUAGGGACGGGGAGGACCUCGAGGUCAAUGAUGACCAGCUGAAGCAAGCCUUUCCUGUAAAUAGUGAGGAAUUGAGGGAUUUUACGCACGCACCAAUGGAAAAACGGGUGUUCGCGACUUCUUCUGAGGUAAAUGACCUUGACGAUAUUAUGAAUGCCACGAUAUCGAUUUGCAGCAGUGAUGAGCAUGUACCUAGAUAUGUAUGUGCCACAAUAUGGCAGGACUCCCCAGUGAGCUUUUCGGCCAAAAAAUAA